CCGGGCCAUAUGCGGACAAGCAGCGACAAGGAUCCCGAUCCUUUGUUUUCAACCUCUGGGGGGGAGUUCAAUGGACUUGUCUUUCCCUCGCCAUUUGCCGCACCUAGUUUUUCACGUUCUCCUCGGGUCUCCUCUCCUGUCCGCCCUCCGUUUCGCGCACACGUCCUGCUCGAGUAAUCUCUCUGUUGAACGCCGCCUGCACUUCGAUGGAGACGGUCAAUACCUAGCUCGUUCUAAACCGUCCUCCCGUGUCAAUCUCUCGUCUUCACCUAACCUAUCCGGGCAUCUUGUUAUUCUGCAAUGCAACGGUAUGGAUUGGCUUCCGCUUCCUUCGUUCCCAAUUUGAGUCGCCCGUCGUUGUGGGCACUGCUCAACCCGCCCGUUGAGAGCAUCUGGUGUCCGAGUCCUUCGUCAAACGGUUUCCUUCUAUCGAAGCAGUUCAUUCUUCCAUCUGGAGUUGGACACUCCGUACCGGUGCUUCCUGGUCUCUGACUUGCUGUCGAUGCUGCCAAGAAAACAGAC